AUGGAGGUCCUGGUCUUGGUUGACUUUGAGGGCCAGCUGAGCGAUGAGUUGAAGAUCAAGGCCGGCGACGUCCUCUGCAAGGUGCAUCCAGGCCCCGAAGAGGGGUGGCUCCAGGGCGAAUUGGAGGGCAGGACGGGGCUCUUCCCUCAGCAGUUUGUGCAGGAAAUCCCAGCAAGUCUCCGAGCAGAUGGCUCCCAGCGGUGUCCCCGAUCCGUUCGUACUGCCCAUGCUGUGAAAAAGCAGCCCCCGCUGAAGCAUCGCUGGUGCCAAGUCACCUUCCCCUACUCCCCUGCCAAGGAGGAUGAGCUGGCAUUGAGCCCCGGAGAGAUGGUGCAGAUCUUGGAGGAGAUUGAGGAUGGCUGGUGGCUGGGCAAGAAGAGCGGGAAGCUGGGAGCCUUCCCUUCCAACUUUGUGCAAGAGCUGGGCAGCCUUCCUCCAGAGCCGAUUUUCCCUGAGCCCAAAUCGGGGGCUGCAAAACAUCGCCCCCAAAUUACAGAUGAGACGUUUCUGCUGAAUGAAUCUGAAGGUGGGAAGUCGGAGAUGGUGACGGAGAAGUCCGUUCCUCCACUCCCCAAGGCCCAGACGCCUCAAGCCUCUGCAUCUGACUCACCUCAGUAUUGCCGAGUCAUGUUUGAUUAUGAGCCAGAGCAUGAAGAUGAACUGCCACUCAGGAAGGGCGACUUGGUUCUUUUGCUGAGCAAGGACACCAUGGAUGUGGGUUGGUGGGAAGGGCAGACCCAUGGCAAGAGGGGCUUCUUCCCCGACAACUUUGUCAUUCCUUUGACCCAAGUGCCGCCAGAGAUCAAAUCCCAAGUGCCAACCAGGGGCAAAGACUCUGCCACCAAGUCAGCAAAGAAGUUCUUCCAAGGCAACAAAAUGGACUUAAGACACCUCGGAGGCCACAAAGAUGCAAAGGAACAGAAGAAAACAGACACCCCCAGGCUGAAUCCUCUUGCCAAGAAAGCGGCUCCCCCUCCUCCUGCCUCUGCAAAGGCCAAGCCGGCCCCCGUCGUGCCCCACAGAUCCUCAGGCGUUCCCGUUUCCUGCAUGGCAACCCCCGGGGGAAAAGGCAAGCCUAAUGAGGCAGAAGCACCUCCUCUCGAUGCCCUCCUUGUUCCCAGUGCCAAGCUGAGCCACCCGACGGCCGACCGCCCCAAAAUGCCUGGGAAGAGGCCUCCCAGCCAGCCGACGGCAGGCUCAAUGGUGAAGGAGUCGUCUGUAUCCAUCAGGGAGGAGUCUCCGGCCCCAGCCGGUGAAAUGCCUCAAAUGGAGGAACACCCAGCAUCCCUGGAGGACCUCAAGAUGGAGAUUGGCUCGUUGAAGGCCCUCAUGGAGCUGUUGCGUGCUCAACAUCGGAGAGACAUGGAGGAGCUGAAGGAGCAACUGGGUCAGGAGCAGUCUAAGAGGGCAGCCCUAGAGGCCGAGAUUGGGCAGCUGAAGAACACCCUCGCCCAUGACUGUAGGACCGUGACCUCCAGCGAUGGAGCUCCAGACCUUGGUGCCGCCUCACUGGCACAGAACUCAUGGCCGCCUUCUGUCUGCCCCAAGGAGUGUUGA